AUGUCGACAUAUCACCUGCAGGAGCAGUUCGUGCUGAGAGCCCUGGAGCCCUCUGCGGCACAUGGCUGCGGCUUGCCCUACCUCAACUACGACUAUUCAUUCACCGCCGGAGGAGCACAUCGAAAGACACAUGGGGCUCCUCUGUGCUGGUGCACCGCGGGGCCCCGGGCGAAUGGCGUCCUGAGCAUUCGAUUCGACCGUUCCACACGGCCAGCCGCAUCAGAUGCCCGUCUCACCCACCGCACCAAGUUCUAUGCACAAGCACAGACGGGCACGCAGCUUACUUGCAGUACUUACAGCUUCACUUAG